UAUUUUAGUCAUCAGAGGCCAAAACCCGAAAAGAUCAACCCAACCCCCUUUUGUCUAAUCUCUGUGGAAUUUCAUGUCCAUCUUGCCCUCCCAUAGCGACAAUCAUUCAGCUUCCUCUUCUUCGUCUUCUUCUCCAAACCCUAACUCCAAUCAUGGAUCCAAACAACUCUCUCGCCAUUCCGAAAACUUCUCAGGAAACAUGGCUACCACUGCAUCUGCCUCUGGUGGAUCCUCCAAAAAGGUGAACUACUCCAGUAGCAGUCGAGAUGCUUUCACAAGUUCACGACGCCAUAACAGUGAUCCUUCCGACCAGUUUGGUCCUCAAGGAGUUGUUACCCGCUCAGCUCCAAGAAGAACCCAGAUGGUUAGUGGAAACCACUUACUGAAUUUUCAGUAUGAUCCCAUUUCUCGCCCACAAUCUAGGUUGCCUCCUCCUAGGAGAUACGUCAAGAGAAAGCCUUACAACAAAGACUUGUUUCUUCAAGCAAAUUACAAGUUUGUUCUGUUGGAUUCAGGCAAUUACACCCCUGAGUCAAUGGAUCCAGACAAAAUGUUACAAUGGGAGGAUAUUGUUUGUGUGAGAUAUUCCACUCCAUUUCAUGUGCAAUGCCCCAUAUGCUUAGAGGAUCCUUUGUGUCCUCAGAUAACUUCUUGUGGUCAUAUCUUUUGUUUUCCCUGUGUUAUGCAAUAUUUUAUGAUCUCUGAAGAAGAUGACCAUAAAGAUGAUUUCAAGAAGAAAUGCCCCUUGUGUUUUAUGAUGAUAUCUUCAAAGGAUUUGUACACCAUUCAAAUUGAGAAUGUUAAGCAACACCGUGUUGGUGAUGUCAUUGAAUUUUUCCUCUUAACCCGUUACAAGGAUUCGUUUACGUCAUCUUUGAAAAAUAAUGAUGGCAUUUUUGGUGGAGAGGAUGUUCAAAAGUCAUUUUCUAAAUUCAUAUUUACGUCAGAUGUUGACCUUUCUGUCCGAGAGGCAAUGUCUGAUCUUGAUAGUUGGUUAGCUCGAGCAGAUUCAGGCUUAGUUGAUGACUUGGAGAAACUUCCGUUUGUCUGUGCUGCAAUGGAACAAUUGGAGCAGAGGAAGACGUACUGGAAUAGGCAAUAUAUUGCUAUCCAAAAUAGCAAAUCUGACAAAGAUAAUCGUUUGGAGAAGCGCACUUAUACUUCUCAGUCUACAGAAAGUGUUCAGGCCCAUUCUGCUGGACAAUCUACUCCUGUAACGCCAUCCAGUCAUCCAACAGACAAGCCAAUAUUGCAGGAGAAGUCAAUUCUCAAUAAGGUAGUGAGGGACUCUCAGCUUAUUCAAGCUGCAGAUGUUGAAUCAAUAGAAGAACAUGUUGGGUCUUCAUUGUCCUUAUAUGACAAUAACAAGAGCCUACAGAAAGACACUAGUGGCAUUACACACAGAGAAGAGAUCAGCUCCUACAGUUUCUACCAGGCAGUUGAUGGUCAGCACCUUAUCCUCCAUCCACUGAACAUGAAGUGCCUUCUGCAUUACUACGGUGGCUAUGAUUGUCUUCCUAACAGAAUCAGUGGAAAGAUUUUACAAAUGGAGUCUGUGACGCAAUCGGAGGCCAUGAGAAGGCGCUACCGCUUCCUAAGUCAUUUUUCUUUGACAACAACAUUUCAGCUUUGUGAAAUUGAUCUCAGCAAGAUAAUGCCCAUGGAUGCACUUUCUCCAUUUAUGGAGGAAAUCAGAAGUAGGGAAAAACAAAGGAAGUGGCUAGUUAGGAAGGAAAGGCGUGAACAAGUUAAAGCUGAAGCCAUUGGAAUGCACUUCGAGCCUUUUCCUUUUAACUUUUCAGAACCUUCUUUCACAGAACAACCUACUUUCACUAGCGAUGACUUCGAAGCUUUGGGAAGUACGAGUGUAACUGUAACAUCAUCAAGCUCCCCUGUGCCUCGAGGCAGGCAGCUGUUCUCCAAUGUUGCAAGGCUUGGUUUUGCCGCUGGAUGUGAUCCUCCAGCGCUGAAGAUGGAUGAGUCUGCACGUGAUUCUUCUGUUGCAGCUGGAACGAGGAGUUCUGGAAUCCUGUCCUUUGCAAAUGUAAUGUCCAAAGCAAAAGCUGUUGAAGGUCCCAAUGCGUCUAAGUCAAAUGAUGCAGGGAAGAGAGGGAAGAAGCAAAAUCGGAUCCUAAUGUCAACGUCUGGUGGUAGACGUUACUGAAUUUUGAAGGGACAUGAUGAGGAAAUCUAUCUGUAUAUUUAAGAGAUGUUUUGCCUUUUAAUAGGAACCGAGAUUUGUUAGUUUUUACUCACCUAGUAGGUUUGAGCAUGGUGUUUUGGUAGAGUGUUGUGAAGAAGUUGUAGGGUCAACUGUUUUUGCUUCCUGCAUCAUCUUCCUUUUUUAGUUUUUACUCUGUUUCUUUUCCUUCCAUAAAUGGUAAAACUAAACACGAAGCCGAAA